AUGAAGGAGCAUGGAUUGCGGUACUCUCCCGAGACGGGCUUCCGCAUCCUAUCGGCUACCAUUCAGGAGCACAGCGGCCUGUUUGAGUGCAAGGCCGAUGACGAGUUCCAGUCGUAUUUCGUCACUGUCACUUCUGCAAGCCACGAGUUGAAUUCUCCUACCAUCGAUGGAACGAAGGCAGAGAAUGUCGUGAUAGGAUCCACGUUCAGUCUCACGUGUGCAGUCUCUGUGCACGAGAAUGUUGGCCUGCAUUGGACCUGGGAUCAUCCGAAUCCUGGUCCCGAUGAUGAAGGGCGUAUCAAACAGGAGACGAACACGGAGAGUCACGGCGGUGGAUUCCAGCUGGCCACGAGUCGCCUGACGGUGAGUCGCGCGAUCGGCAGAGACGAGGGCAGAUAUUAUUGUCGUGUCACGGACUUCGACUCCACCAAGGAGGCCUCGCAAUAUGUCAUCGUUCGAGGUGAGCGUCGGCCGGGAGUCAUCGGGCGUCUUGGGAUCGGUCACGAUAGCGUACUCGGUCGUCGUGCAAUUUCAGACGAGAACUACACGAAGCUGGAGCUGAAGCCUCAGACGACGACGGUGACGGUGGCCGCGGGGCAGAAGGUGACGUGGGUCGUGGAGAUGGACGCGCAUCCGCAGCCGGAGCUCAUCUUCAUGCGCAACGGCGUGGAGAUCAUUCCCGGUGCGAAGUAUCACGUCGAGGAGAACUGGGAGCGUAAGACGGCCACGCUGAAGAUCAACGACGUCAACCUCAACGACUUCGGCCUUUACGAACUGGAGGGCAUCGUCGGUCAGCUCCGGGAGACGGUCACGCUCAAGCUCAUCGUGCAGAGUGAGUGGCGAUUCGUGGGAUUUCGAUGCCGAGGUUCCCAGGAUGCGAAGUUUGGAACGUUUGCUCUUGUUGCAGGCAAUGCGAGGGUAGAAACCGAUGGCGGUGGCGUCAAGUUUUACGCGCCUCACUCUCGGUACAAGCUCGUCUGUGCUGUUCAGGGUUACCCACUGCCAAGACUCUACUGGGAAUUCCAGAAGUUCUGCAAACCUCAGUCGUCGUGUGACUUUACAGAUAUAGGAUCCGACUUCCGGUUGAAUGAAGAAGAGGAACCUACCGAAAUCGUAGUUACACCAUAUCAGAUGGAAUCCGAGUUGGUUGUCACGGCACUCCAGGGUGGAAUCUACAAAUGUGUGGCACUGAAUAUCCAUGAUGAGAGUGACGAAGACACGAUCUCCUUUUUUGUCACGGAGGUCAUCUUCUUGGAUUUAGAUGCCAAGGACGGUUUUGACAUCGUGGACCCCCCAUCGCGAGAGCUCGUGGAGGGGGAUCUGCUGGACCUGAAGUGCCAUGCUUCUUUUUACAAUUUUAGCUCUGUGACUUGGAGCUAUCGGAAACAUUCCAGUGACAACUUUAAGCCUUUCACAACAGAUACAAAACCUGUAUCAGACAUGGAGGUCAGGGAGAAGACUACCGAUUAUUCACUUGAGGCAAUUCUUCAUACAAGCAACAUCCAGUUGCAUCAUUCAGGUCAAUAUCGAUGCGAGGGUAUCCUCCUGGAUACCCAGAGUGCCUUCACGCUCAACAAGACCCAAGAAAUCAUCUCCAUCUCUGUUGAAAAAGUGGUACCUCCUGCAUUAACGAAGGACUCCAAUAUGGAUGAUGGGAAGUUGUCAGUUAAGCAAAGGGAUCCAGUCAUGCUCAACUGCUCCAUGCAUGGGAUACCACCACCAAACAUUACAUGGUUCAAGGAUGGAGAGGUGUUCAAGCCGAAUGGAACUCGGGUGGAGCUAAGGAACGGGGGUCAGACCUUGUACUUUCCUUACACGUACUCAGAGGAUGAUGAUGGCCUCUAUGAAUGCAUUGCAUCCAAUAGGGGAGGGGAGGCAAAAGCUGCUGUCACUCUUGAAAUCAUAGGGGGUGCAAAAGGUUCUAUUGGAACAGCAGGCACAGCACUGAUCAUUGUUGCAAUUGUGUUCAUAAUUGGGUCUGUUGCUGUGGGCUCCAUCUUUUACUACCGGUUCCGCCAGGAGCGAGUGAGGUGCACUACAACAACUGCCUCUGACGAAGUCGACUCGGGGCUUCAUCGCAACGUGGUGGAUUCUGCUGCCACCGAAGCCACCCUAUUAUCUGGAUCCUCCAGUGGUGGAGAGGAGAAUUUGGUAUUUGCUCCAUGGAACUACCGAGGCGAGUCCACCCAAGGUGAUCUCAAGAGGCCUGUGACAACUAGUGAUCUCGUGUGCUGGGCCUUCCAAGUUGCUCAAGGCAUGGAUUACUUGGUCUCUCGAAAGCGCUACGUGGACAUGAACAAACCAUUCCUGCAGAUGAACGCUGAGUACUUUCAGCAGAUGCCAAAUUACCUUCAGAUGUUGGUUACCCCAUCUCCAGAUGAAGGAUAUCUGCAACCACGAGAUCCAUAUGUGAACAUGAAUGGGCCUGGCCCCAGCUACGUCAACGUUCCCGAAGGGAAGAACGAGAGGAACCGUCGCAGUGGGUCGGAAGUGGCCUCAGAGUUUGAAUUGCAACCAAUGGUUGGAGAACUGGAUGGUCCAUGGUACAGAAACAUGGAGAGUGAACAGCCCAAAAUUACUGGUGAAGACAAUUACUUGCAGAUGGUUGGAAACUACAAGUCCCCAGUCUCCCCUGCUCUCACUAUUUACCCAGAAAAUCUAGGUGACUUUUCAGCAAUUAAGGCACAUGAAAUAAUAGGUUCCAUGGCCAUCCUGUAUCCUCUGGUUGUCUUGUCAGUACUCCUUCCCCUCACUGCCUUUUUUUGGGCUCUGAACUAUGCAUUUGGUUCUACCGAUGACAAUGGGGAGCCGCUCGGGAUACCGCCCGAGAGGUGGCUGACUGCGACUCUCAUCCCCAUCUUGUUUGCUUUGUGGGGUUUUAAGCGCAAGAGCUUGAGUCUGAGUGGAGCACUUGUUGGACUCUAUGUUGGCUUCUUCCUCGCGCUGAGCAGCUACUGCUUCCUGGGGAGUCUCAUGGCCUUCUUCGUCUCCUGCUCCAAGGCCACCAAGUUCAGGCAGCAUCUCAAGCGCAAGAUCGAGUCCGAGUUCAAGGAAGGAGGGCAGAGGAACUGGGUUCAAUGCCUCUGCAACGGGGGCAUGGCCACCGAACUGGCCAUCAUCUACCUCAUCGACGUUGGAUACGGCGAGCGACCGUUGAACUUCGGGUCGGACUACAGGGCGACUUGGCUCGGACUGGCCGUCGUCGGAGCCCUCGGUUGCAGUGGAGGAGAUACCUUCGCAUCCGAGCUCGGCACCGUGCUAAAGACGACUCAAACCCGGCUCAUCACCAACCUGAAAAUCGUUCCCAAAGGCACCAACGGUGGCAUCACGUUAGGAGGACUCGUCUUCAGCGCCUUUGGAGGGAUGUUGGUGGGGGUCGGGUACUACAUCCCUCUUCUUCUCUGUCUCGGCACCCGAUCGCUCGGCCAGAGCCCGCCUCAGUGGCCGAUCGUCGUCUUGGGUGGGGUCGCGGGUCUCUUGGGCAGCGUCUUGGAUUCGCUGCUCGGGGCCACGGUUCAGUUCUCGGGGUACGAUGAGGAGACUGGAGCGAUCGUGGAACAUCCGGCUCCCAGUGUGGUCCGUAUCAGCGGGAGGGAAUGGCUCGAUAAUCAUAGCGUGAAUCUUGUAUCAUCCGUGAUCAUGGCGUUUCUACUUCCCGAGAUCGGAAUGAUGAUUUGGCCCAGUUUUGUCUAG